GGGAGCAGUCGAGUGGCAGCAGCCCGAGCCGGAGCCGGGAGCCGGAGCGGGGCCGGGGCCGGGGCCGGGACCGGGGCGGCCGGGGGAGCGAUCGGUCCGAAGCGAGCGCGGGAGCCGGGAAAGACACAAGACAGCUCCGGAGCCGCCGGGACGAUGAAGCAAGCAGCCACGAAACUGCGGGGACCCCGGGCACCCCUGGUCGCUCUCUCCUUCUUCCUGGGCUACACGCUGGCUGCAGCGCGGGGCAAAGAAGUGGUACUGUUGGAUUUUGCUGCGGCUAAAGGCGAAUUGGGCUGGCUGACGCACCCUUACAACAAAGGUUGGGACCUGAUGCAGAACAUCAUGGACGACCAGCCCAUCUACAUGUACUCUGUGUGCAAUGUCGUGUCGGGUGACCAAGACAACUGGCUGCGCACCAACUGGAUCUACCGCAGCGAGGCCGAGAAGGUCUUCAUUGAGCUCAAGUUCACCGUGCGAGACUGUAACAGCUUCCCGGGGGGAGCCAGCUCCUGCAAGGAGACCUUCAACCUGUACUACGCCGAGUCCGACGUGGAUUACGGCACCAACUUCCAGAAGCGCCAGUUCAAGAAGAUCGACACCAUCGCCCCCGACGAGAUCACGGUCAGCAGCGACUUUGAGACCCGCAACGUGAAGCUCAACGUGGAGGAGCGCUCGGUGGGGCCCCUGACGCAGAAGGGCUUCUACCUGGCCUUCCAGGACAUCGGGGCCUGCGUGGCCCUCCUCUCCGUGCGCAUCUACUACAAGAAGUGCCCCGAGAUGCUGCAGAACCUGGCCCGCUUCCCGGAGACCAUCGCCGGCUCCGAUUCGGCCAACCUCGCCAAGGUCGGGGGCGCCUGCGUGGAGCACGCGGCGGUGGCGCCGGGCGGCGAGGAGCCCACGAUGCACUGCAACGUCGACGGGGAGUGGCUGGUGCCCAUCGGGCAGUGCAUGUGCGAGGCGGGCUAUGAGAAGGUGGACGAAUCCUGCCAGGCCUGUUCUCCUGGCUCCUUCAAGCCCGAUGCUUCAGACAGCUCCUGCAGCCAGUGCCCCCUGCACACCCUGCCUUCCCCCGAGGGCGCCACAGUCUGUGAGUGUGAAGAGGGCUUUUUCCGAGCAGCAGAGGACCCUCCAUCCAGCCCCUGUACCCGUCCUCCCUCUGCCCCUCACCACCUCACCGUGAUUGGCUUGGGGGCCAAGGUGGAACUUCGUUGGAAGCCCCCCCAGGACACCGGGGGUCGGGAGGACAUCACCUACAGUGUCACAUGUGAGCAGUGCUGGCCCGAGACCGGGGAGUGCCAGCCCUGUGAGCCCACCGUGCGCUACUCCCAGCCCCCCCACGGGCUCUCCGGCAACAGCCUGGUGGUCAGUGACCUGGAGCCCCACAUUAACUACACCUUCGCUGUGGAGGCCCGCAAUGGCGUCUCGGGCCUCGUGACCAGCCGGAGCUUCCGGACAGCCAGCGUCAGCAUCAACCAGACAGAGCCCCCCAAGGUGAAGCUGGAGAGCCGGACCACAACCUCCCUCAGCGUGUCCUGGAGCAUCCCUCUGAGGCAGCAGAGCCGGGUCUGGAAGUAUGAGGUCACCUACCAUAAGAAGAAAGACACCAACAGCUACAACGUCCGCCGGACGGAGGACUUCUCUAUAACCCUGGAUGACCUGGCGCCGGGGACCACCUACCUGGUCCAGGUCCAGGCCCUGACCCAGGAGGGCCAGGGGGCAGGCAGCCGAGUCCACGAGUUCCAGACCCUCUCUACUGAAAGUUCGAGCAACAUGGCGGUGAUCGGGGGAGUACUGGGCGGCUUAAUCUUGCUCCUGGCUUUGGCCCUGGCUGGACUUUUCAUUCACCGAAGGAGGAGGAACCUGAGAGCCCGACAGUCAUCCGAGGAUGUGUACUUCUCCAAAUCAGAACAACUGAAGCCCCUGAAAACCUAUGUGGACCCCCACACCUACGAGGACCCCAACCAGGCCGUGCUGAAAUUCACCACAGAGAUCCACCCCUCCUGCGUCACUCGGCAGAAAGUCAUUGGUGCAGGCGAAUUUGGGGAGGUUUUUAAAGGGUCGCUGAAGGCUUCAGGGAAGAAGGAAGUACCUGUGGCCAUCAAGACCCUCAAGGCGGGUUACACAGAGAAGCAGCGUGUGGACUUCCUGAGCGAAGCCAGCAUCAUGGGCCAGUUUAACCAUCACAACAUCAUCCAUCUGGAGGGGGUGGUCUCCAAAUAUAAGCCCAUGAUGAUCAUAACAGAAUACAUGGAGAAUGGCGCGCUGGACAAAUUCCUGCGGGAGAAGGACGGCGAGUUCUGUGUGAUCCAGCUGGUGGGCAUGCUACGGGGCAUCGCGUCGGGCAUGAAGUACCUCGCCAGCAUGAACUACGUGCACCGCGACCUGGCCGCCCGCAACAUCCUCGUCAACAGCCAGCUGGUGUGCAAGGUGUCCGACUUCGGGCUCUCCCGGGUCCUGGAGGACGACCCCGAAGCCACCUACACGACCAGCGGAGGGAAGAUCCCCAUCCGAUGGACAGCCCCGGAGGCCAUCUCCUACCGCAAGUUCACCUCCGCCAGCGACGUGUGGAGCUACGGUAUUGUCAUGUGGGAGGUGAUGAGCUAUGGAGAGAGACCCUACUGGGAGCUGUCCAACCAUGAGGUCAUGAAGGCCAUCAAUGAGGGCUUCAGGCUGCCGGCUCCCAUGGACUGCCCCUCGGCCAUCUACCAGCUAAUGAUGCAGUGCUGGCUGCAGGAGCGGGCACGGAGGCCCAAGUUCCCGGACAUCGUCAGCAUUCUGGACAAGCUCAUCCGGGCCCCUGAGUCUCUCAAGACCCUGGCGGACUUUGACCCCAGGGUCUCCAUCCGGUUGCCCAGCACCAGUGGCUCCGAGGGCAUUCCCUUCCGCACCGUGUCUGAGUGGCUCGAGUCCAUCAAGAUGCACCAGUACACAGAGCACUUCAUGUCGUCGGGCUACAACGCCAUCGAGAAGGUGGUGCAGAUGACCAACGAGUCCCUCCUCCUGCCUCUGUCCCUCCCUCUCCUCCCGACUUCUGCCUCCCUUCCACAGCUCCCCGAAUCCCCAUCUUGCUCUCCAGUUCCCUCUUCUCCUUCUCUUCCAAACCUUCCUUCCCUCCUUCCCUCCCUCCAGUCCCUAACUCUCCCUCUCUCCCUCCCUCCCGCACAGCGACAUCAAGAGGAUCGGGGUCCGCCUGCCUGGCCACCAGAAGCGAAUCGCCUACAGCCUCCUGGGUCUUAAGGAGCAGGUGAACGCCGUGGGGAUCCCCAUCUGAGCAGAGCCGCCCGUUGUGGGACAGGAGGAUGGGGCCAGACCGAGAAGAAUGAUGUUCUGCUCCCUUCUCUCCUCCACAGCUGAUGGGACAAAUGGGAAAUACUUGAAGAAACUCAGAAUUAAAACAAACCAUGGCCUCCUCCCUCCUGGAGGAAAACUGGCUGCUAAGUAAGGGGAGGCCACAGCCAUCGGCCUGGCCCCUGCGUCAUUCUUACCUGUCCCCAGUGCUCUCUUCCUCAGCUGAAGUCCCUCGUUGAUGCUGCCCCCGGGGGCCUCCCCAGCCCUUGCUUCGGGGUGUGUGGUGCCCUUACCCCGGGCCAGAUGGCUGCUGGGCUGACAGCCUGGUGAAGCUUCUCUUCACCCCGUAAUCCACGGGGGGCAUCGAGCACUUAACCAUACCUUCCGGGGAAAGAAUUCCCUCGGCUCUUGUGGCAUUUCUCAAACUGCUGGUCCAGGCGGAACCAUCCCCAUGGGAAGAGAGAACCCUCUUCCUGUUCACUCUUUAUAAGAGAAAAGAGCCUGAACCAGACUGAAAAAUUAAAAACCCAGACGACACCAUGGAGACCAGACCCCAGUCUGAUGGGCAGAUCACCUUGGGGGCCCGAACGGCCCUCGGCUUGUUUCCCCACCAUUUUCCUUCAUUUGGACCAUCCCUUCCCACUCCGCCCUUUCCCAUCCUCCAGCCCGAAGUACUGUUUGGCCGUGGACUCUGAGGGUUUUAUUGGGUUGUAUUUUUAUUUUAUAUAUUUUGUAUUUUGUAGAGAGUGUGUUCGUGUGGGACCCUGCUGGGGGUGAGACAGUGGUGGGAUGGGAGGGGUCCUGUAUCUAACAUUCCUGAGUCUGGGAGGAAACAGCCUGGCCAGCCCGCACAGUCAUACAUUAUGGACUUCUGAGGGAGGGUCUUCCUUUUCCUCCCUCUCCGUUUAUUCCGGCCUCCUGCCUCAUUCCUCUCGAUGGUGGUCACAAGUCUGUCAGUGUUAACCUUGCAAAAGAUUGGUGUUUUAUGGGUUAUUUUUUUGUGACAUUAAUUUAUUAUUUUUUAUAUUUAUUGUUAGAAAUUAAUUAUUUCUACAUCAGAUUAAAGUUGCGAUUGGUUUCCAAA